AUGCUAAUGCAAUUUUGUAGAUUUGGUGCAGGUCUGAUGGGAGCAGGAAUUGCCCAGGUGCUCGCACAUGUUGGACAAUACAAUGUGACGCUGACGGACGUAACGGACAAGGCAAUUGCCAACGGCCAGAACAUUAUUUCCAAGUCGCUCGCGCGCAUUGCCAAGAAGAAGAUGGCAGACAAGUCGGCUGAGGAGCAGCAGUCAUUCGUGAAGAGUGUGGUGGACUCGAUCAAUGUGACGACGGAUGCUGCGAAGGCAGUUGAGUCGACAGACUUGGUGAUCGAGGCGAUUAUCGAAAACAUGAAGAUCAAGCGUGAGCUGUUCGGCUUCCUUGAUACGAAGGCGCCAGGCGAUGCGAUCUUCGCUAGUAACACGUCGUCUUUGAGCAUCAAUGAGAUUGCCAGCUCGACGAAGCGCCCAGAACUGUUUGGCGGUUUCCAUGCCUUCAACCCCGUGCCGCAGAUGAAGCUCAUUGAGGUUGUGCGCACGUCGCAGACGAGCGAGGACACUCACAAGGCACUCACAGAGGUGGCAAAGCGCAUGGGCAAAGUGCCCGUGUCGUGUAUUGACUCGCCAGGCUUCAUUGUGAACCGUCUCUUGGUGCCAUACCAACUCGAGGCCAUUCGUCUUGUGGAGCGCGGCGUUGCCUCUGCUGAGGAUGUCGACACGGCCAUGAAGCUGGGUGCUGGCUACCCAAUGGGUCCAUUUGAGCUCGCUGACCUUGUGGGUCUUGACACGCUUGAGCACAUUGCUGCUGGCUGGCGCGAGACUGUGGCUGGCUCGGAGCACGUACCAGCUAACCUUGUGACCGAAUCGCCCAUGCUCACGAAGCUGAUCGAAGAGGGCAAGCUCGGCCGCAAGACGCCAGAGAAGGGCGGUUUCUAUCAGUACAACAAGUAA